CAGGCAGAUCCAUCCCAUCUUGCUUAACAGAGCAGAAGUGAUACACUGAGGAGGAGACUGAGGAGCCUCUCCCUGUGCUUUCCUUAGGUGGAGGUGUCUUUGGAAACAGCGUAUGGUAACUUUGCUGUGCUUUCAAGUGUCCAUGGUUUCUUGUAUUUCCAUAUAAAUUCCGUGAUAUGUGGAUGUAAAUACACCCAUGAAAUAAUGAGCCAGGACAGCAAGAGUUUUUUGGAAAGCCUGGUCCUAGAUGAUUCGGAGAAAGGAGUCGUCAUUACAGGAAUCACAGAUGACACUAUCACUGCAAAGAGAGGCCUGCAAGCAGGGGAUGAGAUUGUUGCAGCCACUAUACACCUUGACCAUCUCAACAAAAAUGAAGUUCUAAACAUCCUGAAGGCCUUGGAGCCGUAUGAUAACAACAUGAGGGUUCUGACAAAGAAGGAACUGAGUGCCAGCGCUGGCCUUGGCUCCUUGGGAUUAGAUCUCAAAGACUCUACAGAGAUGCUCAAUCUAAAAAAGGACCUGUCACUGGAUGCAUCAGCUGAGGCACCAGCUGUUUCCCUUAAUGGUCUGAGUGGAAAGCUGAACGCUGCUCAGGGGCUGGGGGGUGAAAUAAGUGGUCCCACCCUCAAUGGAGACCUUCCCAGUCUCAGUCUAAAUACCCCCUCAGCUGAUGCUGGUGCCAAGCUCACAACACACUCCCUAGGACUGACUGCACCAAAUGUAAAAGGAGAUCUAGAUGGUACCCUAAAAGCACCUGAUGUCAGUGUCUCGACCCCCCAGCUUAACACUCCCAGUGCCUCUCUCGACGUCAAGAAACCAGAAAUCGAGACAGGCAACUUAAAGUACAAAGCCCCAAAAUUCACAAUGCCACACUUCAGUCUACCUCAGAUCAAAACACCAAAAGCAGAGAUGGAUGUUUCUGGGGAUCUCCCUUCUGUCAGCGGAAAUUUAGAGACACCAGACCUUAACCUGGCAGCCCCAAAAUUAGAUCUCAAAAGUCCAGAUUUGGAUCUGAAUGGGCCAAAAGUGGAUCUAAAUGGUUCUGACAUAAAUUUAGAACCCCCCAAUGCUGACAUUGAACCGGCCUCAGGAAAAAUCAAGUGGCCCCAUCUAAAAUGGAAAGGUCCCAAAGUGAAAGGGCCAGAUGCUGACUUAAAUGCUGACUUGUCUGCACCUGGUGUCAGCCUCUCCACACCAAAGAUUGAUGGGGAUCUAAGCACACCAGAUGUUGACAUUAACUUGCCCAAAGCUGAUGUAGGUGCUCAAACCCCAAAUAUUGACAUUGAUGCCCCAUCUGGUAAAAUCAACUGGCCUCAUUUGAAGUGGAAGAAACCAAAUAUUCAUGGCCCAAAAGCUGAUAUGGACUUGGAUGCAAACCUGAACACACCAGAUGUUGAUGUCUCUGUUCCAAAAGUGGAAGGUGGAAUAAACACCCCAGAUAUUGACAUUAAUUUGCCAAAGGCAGACCUUGAAGGCCCUGAUCUAGAAGUGAAAACCCCAAAUAUUGAUUACGAAGCUCCAUCUGGUAAAAUCAACUGGCCUCAUCUGAAAUGGAAGAAGCCCAAACUUCAAGGUCCAAAAGCAGACGUAGACAUAGACACUGACCUAAACUCUGAUUUAAAUCUUUUAAGUCCACAGAUUGAGGGUGGCAUCAAUGCACCAAGGGCUGAGAUUAAUCUCCCAAAAGCUGACAUUAAAGGCCCUGAUGUAGAUGUUCAGGUCCCAGAGGCUGACAUUGAUGCUCCAUCAGGAAAAAUUAACUGGCCUCAUCUGAAGUGGAAAAAACCCAAACUUCAUGGUCCCAAAGCUGACAUGGACCUUAAUGCAGAUCUGAGCACUCCAGAUGUUGAUCUCUCGGUUCCAAAAGCUGAUUGUGAGAUUAGUACACCAGAUGUUGAUCUGAACUUACCCAAAGCUGAUGUUGAUAUUAAAGCACCAGAUGCUGACAUUCAAGCCCCUUCUGGCAAAAUCAGAUUCCCAACACUCAAAAAGCCCAAGUUCUUGUUUUCUGGACCAAAGGAGAAAACCCUAGAUGUUGACCUUCAUGCUGAUGCUGAUGUGAAAGCACCUGACCUCAGUCUCUCUCCUCAAGCAUCACUUGAUGGACCUGAUGUUGAUCUGAAUUUACCCAAAGCUAGUGUUGACGUUAAAGCACCAAAUGCAGACAUUGAAGCUCCAUCUGGAAAGUUCAAAUGGCCCACUCUUAAAAAGCCAAAGGGGUCAGUUUCAUGCCCAGAUGUUGAUGUUUCAGCCCCCAACUUGAAUCUCUCAGCUCCAAAGACUGAUGGUGAGAUACAUGUACCAGAUGUCGAUCUAAACUUACCAAAAGCUGACCUGGAAAGCCCCAAGUUAGAUGUUAACGCUCCAGAUAUUGAAGGCCCAUCUGGAAAAUUCAAAUGGUUCAAUUUCAAGAAACCCAAAUUUGGCACACUGAAGGGGCCAAAGGCUGACAUUGAUGCUGAUGUGAAGGUACCAGAUGUGGACCUCAAGGGGCCUGAUGUGGAUCUGAGUGCACCAGAUGUUAAUCUUUCUGUGCCAAACAUUGAGGGUGGGAUUGAUGCUCCAGACCUAAAUAUCAGCAUUCCUAAUGCUGAUGUCAAAGGUCCAGAUGUGGAUCUUAAUGGACCAGGUCUUGACGUUGACCCACCCGAUGGAAAGCUGAAGUUCCCUAAACUGAAACUGCCAAAACUCAAAGGGCCAAAAGUCAAGGGUCCUGAAUUGGAUGCGGAUAUAAAAGCACCAGACAUUGAUGCCAGUCUUGACUUACCUAAAGUCGAUGUGGAUGCACCUAAUGUAGACAUAAAAGCACCAGAUCUCUCCUUGUCUACACCAAAAAUUGAAGGUGGUCUUGAUGCACCAGAUCUUGACAUUAAUUUACCAAAAGCUGAUGUUAAAGGCCCUGAGGUAGACCUUCAAGCUCCAGACAUUGAUGCCUCAGCUGGAAAAUUCAAGCUACCCAAGCUAAAAUUACCUAAAUUUGGGUCAAAGGUUAAAGGACCUAACCUUGAUGUUGAUGCUGACCUCAAGAGUCCAGAUCUGCAACUGUCUCUUCCUGAUGUGGAUGCAAAGCUACCCAAAGCAGAUCUAACAGCACCUGAUGUGAAUCUAGAUGCACCAGACUUGAAAAUUUCAACCCCCAAAAUUGAAGGUGACAUUGCUGCUCCAGAUUUGAACCUGAGUCUUCCCAAAGCAGACCUUAAAGGGCCAGAUGUAGACCUUAAAACAGCAGAUGUUGACGUUGAUGUUCCUUCUGGAAAAUUUAACAUCCCAGAGGUGGACCUUAAUUUGCCCAAAGCUAAUCUAAAGGGACCAAGUCUGGAUCUACCAAAAGCAGACCUCCAAACGCCUGAUCUCAACUUGAAAGCACCAGAUCUCAGCCUUUCCUCACCAAAAAUUGAUGAAAACCUAUCAGGUCCAAAUGCGGAUAUUACCCUGCCCAAAGCAGAACUCAAAGGACCUGAUGCACAGUUAAAAACACCAAAUCUAGAUUCUCACGUGGGUGACUUUAAAUUGCCUCAUUUCAAGCUUCCAAAAUUUGGUCUUUCAAGUCCUGAAGUAGAUGUUACCAGUGUCCAUCCUUCAGUUGAGGCUGGAAUAGAGGCACCCAAGGUGGACAUAGGCACUACUACAGCAGAUGCUAACAUCUCUGUUCCUGCAGUAGACCUGAGUACGCCAAAGUUAGAGGGAGAUAUCAAAGGACCAGAAAUAGAUGUGAAAGCUCCAAAUGUAGAUGCCAAUCUUGAAAAGCCCAAAUUGCCACAUUUCAAGCUUCCAAAGUUUGGAUUUUCAGGGUCAAAAAUAAAAACUCCAGAGAUCAGUACCAGCGCAGAUCUUGAUGGCUCACCAGAUGUGAAGGUCAAAGCUCCCAGUGUUGAAGGAGAGAUUAGUUCACCACAUGUCAGCGUCUCUGCUCCUGAAGUGAAGACAAGUCUCGACACACCUGACCUAGAUGUCACAGCUGAAGCAGAUGCUGAAGUUAAAGGUUCUCCAAAAAGUAAGCUGAGAUGGCCCUUCAAAUGGGGACUGAAGUCGGGUUCAGGCACUGAUGAAGAGGGAAGUGGUGCUGACUCUGAAACUGAUGUGUCAACUGCUGAGGCGGAGGUUCCCGUAUUCAAAUUCCACAGACUGCCCAGGAACAGCAUUGAUGGCAUCAUAGGAAUUGAUGAAGCCUUUGGCUCAUCCAGACUCGACGCAGAGGAAAAAGAUUAUGUCGUCAGCAAAGGGAUACGCUUGCCGAUAGUAAACGCAACAUCAAAAACAGGAGAAAAGGUUGACAUUUUGGAGAGACUGAAAAUGGCAAUGGAUAAGGCACCCUCAGUUAAUGUCUCACCAACCGAGGCUAAAACUGAUAUUGAUCUGAAGCUCGCCGCCCCAAGUCUUGAUGUCAGUGCCUCCACAGAUGCAGGAGAUUCCUCUUUGGUGAGAGGAGGUACUUUUAAAGUUGAAAAGCCAGAGUCCUCACUGGGCCUGAAGGCCCCGGAAAUUUCAACAUCAGAUGAAAAUGAUAAAUUGUCACUGAGUCUCUCCAAUAUGCUUUGCCUUAAUGUCAAGGAUUCAGAUGCUGAGUGAUUCCUUCAAAGUAAACCUGCUAAAUAAAGCUUCAGUUCAAACACAUUGUAAAUACACAUUGAUAGAGAAGUUAACUGUUUAAUUUACUUUGCCACAGUUUUCUGCAGAUAAUGUUAACAUAUCCUUCCUGUGUAAUAACUGGGUGAAUGAAGGAACUUGUUUUUAUAAACUAUGUGUACAUUCCUGUUAUUUAUAUGAGCUUUUUUCCUAAACAUUGUUGAUUUGGAAGUAUUUUACUUAUUAUUCUUAUUAAUGAACUGCCCCAGUAUUGCAUGUGAUCACACUGAGCUGUUGAAGUUUCUGAGAAUUGCAUUACUGCAUCUUCAAAAAUGUAAAAGAGGUCUAUUGCUUGAGUGAAUGUAAUUGUUUUUUUUUCCUUCUUGUUCAAUAAAUAACUCAGUAUG